AUGUUUUCCUCCGCGCUCAAGUCGUUCAGCUCCAACAUCUCCGCCAAUUACCAGAUUUCACCCAACCCCACCGUUUACUCCGGCCCCUGGAAAAUCCACGACGCAAAGAAAAAGUCCACAGGAACUCCCGCAUCAGUAUUCAUAUUUGAUCGCAAGUCACUUGAGUCGCGUUCUGGUGGAUUUGGGAGAAGUUCUGGAUCCUCCAAGAAGCUCCAGGAAGAUGUGAUCGAACGACUCAAACGCGAAGCGAGUAAUCUUGCCCGCCUACGACAUCCGUCUGUUCUCCAGGUGCUUGAGCCGGUGGAAGAUACACGAAAUGGUGGCCUUAUGUUUGCGACGGAGCAUCUCACAGCAUCACUCUCUGGGCUGCUUCUGGAGAAGGAUGAUCAAGAGAACACAUCACGAGGCGGUUCGCGAACAACCCGCUACAUGGUUGAGGAGGCAGACGGAACCCGGAGAAGAAGAGACGUGGAAAUUGAUGAACUGGAAAUCCAAAAGGGACUACUGCAAGUGGCAAAGGGUCUCGAAUUCCUUCACGAGUCCGCGGGCUUGGUGCAUGGAAACCUGAACCCAGAGGCUAUCUAUAUCAAUGCCAAAUCAGAUUGGAAAAUCUCUGGUUUGGGAUUUGCAGGGCCACCGGACUCUUCGGAAACUAAGUCGCCAUUGCCGCCAUUAGCUGUAUCCGAGGUUCUCUAUCAAGAUCCAAGGCUCCCUGCUUCGGUCCAAUUGAACAUUGAUUACACAUCGCCUGACUUUGCCCUGGACUCAAAUGUAUCUUCAGCUGCCGAUCUCUUCUCUCUGGGUCUCAUUAUUAUCGCUCUGUACAACUCGCCGCAUGUCUCGCCUCUACAAACGAACGCGAACUUGACUACAUAUAAGAAGCUGCUGAGCUCUCCAUCUUCUACUCCAUCCCAGGGCAACAACUUCCUGUGCUCAAAACCAAUUCCUAAAGAUGUGCUGUCUUAUGUUCUACCAAGGCUCAUUACGAGGAGGCCUGCUCAGCGCAUGAAUGCUCGAGAAUUCCAGCAAUCUCAGUACUUCGACAAUGUGUUGGUUUCGACGAUUCGGUUUCUGGAAUCUUUGCCAGCCAAAAACCCAAAUGAAAAGUCUCAGUUCUUGCGUGGCCUGCAGCGAGUACUGCCUGAAUUCCCUGUCUCCGUGCUAGAAAGAAAAAUAUUGGGGGCACUAAUGGACGAGCUGAAGGAUCGAGAAUUACUCCCUCUAAUUUUACAGAAUGUGUUUGGCAUUCUGCAGCGAAUUCCGAAUGGACGCCGUGUAUUCCCUGAAAAGAUCAUUCCUCGUCUGAAGGAGGUUUUCGGAACUGAUUCGGGCAAGACUGAACGAGACUCCAAAAAGGAUGCCGGUCUUAUGGUUGUGCUUGAAAAUAUGAAGCUUAUUGCCGACAAUUGUUCCGGCAUGGAAUUCAAAGACGAUAUUCUACCUCUGAUCCGCCUUGGCCUGGAUUCGCCUACGCACUCCCUGGUGGAUGCUGCGAUCAAAUGUCUCCCCGUGGUGCUCCCAGUUCUCGACUUUAGUACGGUCAAGAAUGAGGUGUUCCCUCCCAUUGCUAGCACUUUCAGCAAAACUAGCAGUCUUGCCAUCAAGGUUCGCAGUCUGGAAGCUUUCAGUGUGUUGUGCGGUGCCUCUCCGGGUGAUUCUAAUGGGCUUGACGAUGAUCUUUCUGGGAUCCAGACGAGCAAGUCGAAAACAGCCAAAUCUUCUAUCUUGGACAAGUACACUAUUCAAGAAAAGCUUGUUCCGUCUCUAAAGGCGAUCAAAACAAAAGAGCCUUCGGUGAUGAUGGCUGCACUCAAGGUCUUCCGUCAAGUUGGAACUGUCGCAGACACUGAUUUCUUAGCCCUGGAAGUGCUUCCGGUUCUAUGGAGUUUCAGUCUUGGGCCGCUGUUAACUCUCCCUCAGUUCAACGAUUUCAUGGCAUUGAUUAAAUCCCUUUCCACUAGGAUUGAACAAGAACAAACCAAAAAGCUGCAAGAACUUUCCUCCGGUGCUGAAUCUAGUGGGUUCAAGGACGGCGUCGACCGAUUCUCGCAAUCUGCUACCGAUCUUACUUCGUCUGAGACAGAUGGAGCUCGGAACAACUUCGAGCGCCUCGUUCUUGGAAAGAAAGCUUCGCCAACAAAUGGUGAUAUGGAUAUGUGGGGCAGCAUGGAGCCUGAGCCAGCCAAACCAGCUCCUCCAAGCAUGUCAUCUUCAUUCGCAUGGUCCUCAAACAAUACUGGCAAACCAACCCAAGCAGGUUCUUUGAGCCAACAGUCUAACCUUGGUUUCCGCUCCAUCACUCCGGAUCAGAAAUUGAGCACUUUCCCGACUCUCGAGCCUGCACGACAAACCUCUCCAGUCUCUCAAGCGUUCCCUGCAAUGCAACCUUCAUCAUCCAUCUGGGGAUCACCUACUAGUCCUCAACCCCAGAUUGGCGGAGGUCCGUCGUUGGCUUCUGUGUCGAUCAUGGCACCCUCAAACCCCAUAUCCAGGCCGAUGGCCCAGCAAGCACCCAACUACUCUGCAUUCUCGAUACCCCCUCCUCCUGCAGGGAACAUGGGAACCAACAACACCAUGAGGUCUCCUCCAUUGAACACAACGAUGCGAUCAGCAUCGUUCCAGAGCACACCGACGACUCAGGGAAGUCAAAAGCAAGGGCUGGACAAAUAUGAGAGUCUGAUAUAG